GUUGGCGAGGCCCUGUCCCUCCCUUUCACAGUCAACAGCAGCAUAGUCGCGGGGUGCUCGUUCGCGACGACGCUGUUGAAGAUAGUGCUUAAAAAUGUUUGUGGCGAGUUUAUGUCGAGAUGGCCCCGUCUUGGGUUGGCGCUCAUGGUCGACGAUUCCACCAUCCAAGCGUUGGGGUCAGAGCAGUUCGUGAAGAAAGCACUGGUGUCGGGAACGUUGCAGUUUUGUCGGGGUUUGGAGGCCUUGGAGAUGAAGGUUUCCAGGAAGAAAUGCAUUCUGGUGGCAUCUGACAUCAAAGUGGGCAGAUCUCUGCAGCGUAGUUUGAGAGAGUUCAGUUUCAAGUAUGUGCCCGCGGCCAAGAACCUGGGCGUAGACUUUAAGUUGGCCUUCAACAAGGACAGGCAG